AUGCUCCUCGGCGGCGGCCUCUUCAUGUUCUGGAGCAGCCUGCUGACCCUGCACGCCCACUUCUUCCUCGACCCCGCCGCCGCCGCCGACGCCAUUGCCCACAUGCACCACGGCCACAGCCACGGCGGCCACGCCCACGGCCACGGUCAUGCCGGGCCCAGUCUGCACGCCGCGUGGCUGGCCGCCGGCACCGUGGCCAUCAAGGAGUGGCUCUACCACGCAACAGCCAUGAAAGUCGCCCGCGAACGCAAAUCCUCCGUCCUCGCCUCCAACGCCGUGCACCACCGCGUCGACUCGCUCACGGGCGUCGUCACCCUCGCCGUCGUCCUCGGCGCCAACAUCCUCUCCAACGCCGCCUGGCUCGACCCCGUCGGCGGCCUCUUCAUCUCGCUCCUCGUCGUCAAGGCCGGCGCCGAGAACACCGUCAGCGCCCUCUACGAGCUCGCCGACCGCAGCAUCGACGACGACGUCCGCGCCUCGGUCACGCGCCACGCCCGCGCGAGCCUCGAGGCCCGCGGCGUCGGCCGUGACGUCGAGGUCCGCGACGUCGCCGGCGUCAAGAGCGGCCAGAACUACCUCGUCGACGUCGAGCUCGCCGUCCCCGGCGAUUGGACCGUCGAGGAGGCCCGGGAGGUCGAGGCCGCCGUGCGCGAGCGGGUCGGCGCCAAGGUGCGCGGUGUCCGCCGGCGGGCGGAUCCCGCUACGUGCCCCAAGGAGGCGCCCGUCGCCCGGCAAGUUUUGACGAGGUACAUCUUCGGGCGAGGCCAGCCAGCGGCCGCCGCCCCGAGUCGGAAGGACGAGGACAACCAUGAUCUUGACCAUGACCUUGGGCCCAGGAACGGCACCGGAACGGACACCCCAACGGCAAUGGACACAACCCCGGGAAUGGCAAUGGCAAUGGCAAUGGCCCCGCCCCCGAGAAGCCCCAGUGAGCGCUGA